AGGGUCCUACAUUUUCAAGGGUCGAGGGAAGUGUUGGCUUUCAAAGGACGCGAGACUGCACCCCUCGCAGUGCCAUCAUGAAGUCGUGCUGCAAUUAUGGCGAGCUCAUCUACGACCUCGCCGAGUCUGAAUUCAAGAUGACCAAUGCGGUGAGGAACGUGCAGAAUGACGCUCCAAGUUGAUUUGUCGGAGCAGCUGCGACUGUCUCUUGCCACGCGAACUCGUAUCUCAUGUGCCCGUGCGUUGACUCAUCCUAUAAAAGGCACCCACAACGUUGGUCUGGACCGAUUAUCCCAUGGGUCAACGUUGGCUCCGGCCCGGUCUCAUGCUGUGCCGAGUGGUCUGCCUGUUCACGUGGGUCCUCCAUGCCAGGUCCAAGCACGAAGCCAACAGCGUGCGGGCGGAGUAAGUACCUAGGUAGCGAACUGGCAAAUUCGAAGUCGAGUAUUGCGAGAAGUGUCCAAGUAUGUGAAGAACCCUACUUGCCACCAAGACGGUUCCCUGUUGGGGCUGCACGAGCCAAGGCACUCUUGCCGGCCGUGCCUGCCACGAACUCGCUGCACUCGAUAACCAGUCAGCGGACGCCCAAGUGGCUCGUGGCAAGUGUGCCAUUCCGGCAGGCAACGAACCCAUGGCCAGCUUUCUCUGGCUUCUGCUGCGUCUCCCGAGCCUCUCCAGAUCAUUCGCUCACGGGCCAACCUUGCCCACAACGCAGCCAGCAGCUGCUUUUACCCGGUCCGAUCCAGCACAACCCACAACCUACAGCAAACACCCGGGCCGCCAGCGAUCCCUUUUGCCUACGGCAUGACCUGGGUCGGGAACAUCAGUACGCGGCAGUGAUGCCCGUGGAGCUCCAGUCCCGGCAAACAUGAAGCAGGUGGCGUUGUUGGUUCCAGGGGUUGCAGUCUCUUGUCGGGCAC